GGCCCAUUAUGAAGGCAACCCACAUGCUGUCACUACCAUCCCGUCAAACCGUUAUAUUGGCUUCUAUUUAACUCCGAUCCAGUCCGCUACCACCAAAGAAGUCGUUUCUUGUUGAAGCCCCGGUGCCCGGUGCCAGCAGUUGGCGACUUCGCGUUCUCAGCUCCGUCCCUCUGCGAUUCCGUCGCCUCCUCCUCCUCCUCAAACCCUAAUCUAUCGGCUUUCGACUCAGCUCCGAUCCGCCGCUCCCAGAGUGGUGGUCGCCGGAAACGACUCCUCCUCCCCCGACGAGGAGCAAAUCAGUAACCCCGAUCCUCAUCCGGCCACUGCUCUCGCUCAAGUGAGCCAAGACUCGGCGGCGGCCUUAGCAGCGGAGGCCGAGCUAGGUCGAUAUCGAAUCUUUUGCGCGCAGGAUCCGAAAGACGAUCUCCAUGAGCAACAAGCAGCAUCGGUUCUGGGAGACCCAGCCGGUGCGGCAAUUCAAGGACGGCCUCGGCCCCAGCCUCGUGGAAGGCCCCAUUGAGCAGCCGACUCCUGUCGAUGCCGUCAAGCAGGAGCCUUAUAACCUCCCUGCGCUUUACGAGUGGACCACCUGCGACAUGGACGAUGACCGGACCUGCGCCGAGGUGUGCAACCUCCUCCGUGACAACUACGUGGUGAAUGAGGCGAGCACGUUCCGCCUCAGCUUUUCCAAGGAGUUUCUCCGUUGGGCUCUUUGCCCGCCGGGAUAUUUCAAGUCCUGGCACAUUGGGGUCCGUGUGAAAGCCACCCAGAAGCUCGUCUCCUUCAUCACCGGCGUGCCUUCUCGGAUCCGCGUGCGAAGAGAGGUGGUCCGGAUGGCCGAGGUCAACCUCUUGUGCGUCCACAAGAAGCUGCGGUCGAAGCGGCUUGCCCCUGUGAUGAUCAAGGAGCUCACUCGGCGGGCCCAUUUGGAGAAUGUGUGGCAGGCAGCUUACACAGGCGGGUUACUCCUGCCGACUCCCAUCGCGACCUGCCGCUACUGGCACCGCUCCCUAAAUCCUAAGAAGCUGGUCGAUGUCCGAUUUUAUCGGCUUGGACCUCGGAUGACGAUGAGCAGGGCGGUCAAGCUUCACAGGCUUCCCGAGGCGAUAGUCACCCUCGGAUUCAGGAAGAUGGAGCUUGCUGAUGUCCCGGCAAUCACAAAGCUGCUCAGAGGAUUCUUGAGCCAGUUCUUUAUUGCGGCCGAUCUCGACGAGAAAGAUGUGGAGCACUGGCUUCUUCCUGUGGAGAAUGUGGUCGACAGUUAUGUGGUCCAGAAGCCUGGCACUAAUGAACUUACAGACUUCUGUAGUUUUUAUACCCUCUCCUCUUCGAUUCUGAAUAACCAGAACCAUUCAGUGUUGAAGGCUGCUUACUCUCUCUACAACGUGUCCACCAAAACUCCACUGCAUCAGCUGGUGAACGACGCACUUAUUGUGGCAAAGAAGGAGGAUCAUGAUGUAUUCAAUGCCCUUGAUAUCAUGCACAACCAUGCCUUCUUGGACAAGCUCAAGUUUGGACCUGGUGAUUGGCGACGCCAUUACUACCUAUACAACUACCGGAUCCCGUUUGCUCUGAGAUCUCCGGCGCUCGGUCUUGUUCUUCUGUAGCUUGCUGCUGACAUCUUGGAAGUCCGUCCUGCUGGCUGGCGGGUAAUUGCCCUUUCAUUUUUUGUCGAAAGAAUUUGAUUUUCUUGCUGCGUUGAGACUACUAUACAAAGAAUUUGGUUUUUGGUGCAUGUUGUCUUCUUCUUUGGAUGAUUUGCAUUGCACGAUCUUCUUUUUUGCUGUACCUUGGAAUUCUAUUUGAGCAAGAUCCUUACCCUGCUCAUUUCUCUUUCUCGUU